AUGGGCACAAUUCGAGGCGCUGUUUCGGACACAGAACCUGGGAGAAGUACUGGUGCAGGGAAAGAAGUGAAGGAGCCCAAGAACACUAUUCCAUUUUACAAGUUGUUUACUUUUGCUGAUUCAAGGGAUAAAAUUCUGAUGAUAGUAGGUACAAUCGGUGCCAUUGGAAGUGGGCUUGCACAACCCCUAAUGACCCUCAUUUUUGGUGAAUUAAUAGAUGUCUUUGGUAAAGCAAACAAGGACUCUAUUGUAUCUGAAGUAUCAAAGGUAGUGCUUAAAUAUGUUUACUUGGCCUUGGGGUGUGGGACAGCAGCAUUUCUUCAGGUGGCUUGCUGGAUGAUUACUGGGGAAAGGCAGUCAACAAGAAUUAGAAGCCUUUAUCUUACAACUAUACUGCAACAAGAUAUUGCUUACUUUGAUCAAGAAGUAAGUACUGGGGAAGUAAUUGGACGGAUGUCGGGUGAUACUAUUCUAAUUCAAGAUGCCAUUGGCGAGAAGGUGGGAAAACUCAUCCAGGUUGUCACGGUAUUUGUUGGAGGCUUCGUGAUUGGAUUCACAAAAGGGUGGCGUCUUACGCUGGUGAUGCUGCCGAUUAUUCCUUUCACUGUCAUGUCUAGUGGGAUGGCAUACUUUAUCAGAUCAAAAAUGGCUAAAAGAAUACAAAAUGCAUAUGUUGGUGCCGCAAACGUUGUCCAACAAGCAGUUGGAUCCAUUAGAACAGUUGCAUCAUUAACUGGGGAAAACAAAGUUAUGAGUGAGUACAAGAAGUUCCUCAAGAGCUCUUACAAAUCCGAUGUAGUAGCAGGGACGAGUGCAGGUUUUGGUACUGGAUUCCUCCGACUUAUCAUGCUAUGGAAUUUUGGGUUGGGCGUCUGGGUUGGUGCAAAAAUGGUGUUGCAAGAAGGUUAUACAGGUGGUCAAGUGUUUACCAUUCUACUUGCAGUUAUUAUAGGUUCCAAUAUUCUAGGCCAAGGAGCUCCAUCACUAGCCGCAUUUGCCACCGCCCAGGUGGCUGCAGCCAAGAUGUUUGAAACGAUGAAUAGAAAACCAACCAUAGAUGCAUACGACAACAAAGGAAAAAUACUCGGCGACAUUCGUGGAGACAUAGAACUGAGAGAUGUAUGUUUUAGCUAUCCGUCAAGACCAAAAGAACAAAUUUUUACUGGAUUUUGUCUAUUCAUUUCCAGUGGCUCAACUACGGCUCUGGUUGGAAACAGCGGGAGUGGGAAGUCCACUGUGAUUAGCUUGAUCGAGAGAUUUUAUGACCCGCUCAGCGGUCAAGUGUUGAUCGACGAUGUUGAUCUCAGAGAAAUCCAGCUCAAGUGGAUUAGGUCAAAAAUAGGCCUAGUCAGCCAAGAGCCCGUGCUUUUUGCAGGAAGCAUCAGGGACAACAUUGGAUAUGGGAAAGAUGGAGCGAGUCUUGAAGAGAUUAAUGAUGCUGCAUUAUCAGCAAAUGCUUAUGAUUUCAUUUCCAAGCUACCACAGGGGUUUGAUACUGUGGUAGGGGAGAAUGGGGUUCAACUUUCUGGUGGACAGAAACAAAGAGUAGCUAUAGCACGAGCAAUUUUAAAAGACCCAAGAAUUCUACUUCUGGACGAGGCAACAAGUGCAUUAGAUGUAGAGUCUGAGAGGACUGUGCAAGGGGCUCUGGAUAAGGCAAUGGUGAACCGAACAACACUUAUAGUCGCACACCGACUCAGCACUAUUAGAAAUGCUGAUAUGAUUGCUGUCCUUUACCAAGGAAAAAUUGUUGAGCGAGGAACACACUUGGAACUACUCAGGGAUCCUCAGGGAGUGUACUCAAACCUCAUAAACUCUCAAGAAAUAAACAAAAAUGAGGAAGGAAAACAAGAUGCGAGUAUCAUCAUGACACAACCCGACAACAUACUGUAUAGUCAAACAACAUCAUAUGUACCCAAGGAAAGGAGCAUUUGUAAUGAGCCAUCAGAGAAAUUUCCAAUGUACCGGCUAGCUUAUCUCAACCGACCUGAGGCAGCAGCAUUAGUAGUUGGAGCCGUAUUUGCCACUAUUUAUGGGGCAGUACAUCCAAUAUAUGGCUUAUUACUCUCAAGCUCGAUCAAAACAUUCAAUGAGCCGCCACACCAGCUGAAAAAGGACUCGGUGUUUUGGGCUCUGAUGUUUGUAGUCCUCGGAACAAUACACAUUAUCGUGUACCCAUCCAUGGCGUAUCUAUUCAGCAUGGCCGGGGUGAAACUGAUAAAGAGAAUUAGAGUGAUGUGUUUCAAGAAGAUAGUUAACACUGAGAUAGGUUGGUUUGAUAGGCCAGAGAACUCUAGUGGAGCGAUAGGGGCACGACUAUCAACCGAUGCAUAUCUUAUUCGGUCUCUGGUUGGGGAUUUUCUUGCAGAGCUCCUUCAGCAGCUGUCUUCUGUUGUGGUGGGGCUGGGAAUAGCUUGUGCGGCCAGCUGGCAGCUAGCUCUUAUUGUUCUUGCAACUAUACCAUUGCUAAUUUUCAAUGGAUAUGUUCAGAUGAGAUCAGUGAGGGGUUUCAGUAGAGAUGCUAAGCUGAUGUAUGAGGAAGCAAGUCAAGUUGCUAAUGAUGCCGUUAGCAAUAUAAGAACGGUUGCCUCGUUUUGUGCCCAAGAGAAGGUUAUAGCGGCGUACAAUAAGAAAUGCACAGGACCGGCCACGAACGGGACCAAACAAGGGUUGAUUGGUGGAAUAGGUUUUGGUUUGGCCAUAUGCUUGUUGUACUCAGUGUACGCCACAAUCUUCUACGCGGGGGGCCGUCUCUUUCGGGAUGGAAAAGCAACCAGUUCGGAUGUCUUUCGUGUGUUUUAUGCUUUGGCCAUGGUGGCAUUUGCUAUAUCCUCAACAUCAUCAUUUGCUCCAGAUUCGAGCAAAGCAAAAGAUGCAGCUGCCUCUGUGUUUGCAAUUCUUGAUAGAAAAUCCAAGAUUGAUCCUAGUGAUGAUUCGGGCAUGACUUUAGAAUGUGUCGUCGGUGAAAUUGAGUUUGACCGAGUCAACUUCAGCUAUCCUACUCGUCCAAGCAUUCGGAUCCUGAGAGAUCUUUCCUUGACUGUUAACAGUGGCAAGGUAGUUGCUCUAGUUGGGGAGAGUGGAAGCGGGAAAUCAACAGUGAUUUCAUUACUUGAAAGAUUUUAUGAUCCUGAUUCUGGUCGUAUCAUGCUCGAUGGAAUUGAAAUAAACAAGUUCCCGGUAAAAUGGCUGAGGCAGCAGAUGGGCCUUGUGAGCCAAGAGCCCAUCUUGUUUAACGACACGAUCCAAGCCAACAUCGCCAGUGGAAAGGGAGAAAAUACAACCGAGUCUGAAAUUAUAGCGGCUGCAAAGUUGGCCAAUGCACAUCAAUUCAUUAGUGGAUUGCAACAGGGGUAUGAAACGAUGGUUGGAGAACGUGGAGUCCAGCUGUCGGGUGGCCAAAAGCAACGGGUGGCUAUUGCUCGAGCCAUCGUGAAGAGCCCAAAAAUACUACUAUUAGAUGAGGCCACAAGCGCAUUGGAUGUCGAGUCUGAGAAAAUAGUUGAGGACGCACUCGACAAAGUCAUGUUGAAUAGGACCACAAUUAUCAUCGCGCAUAGGCUGUCAACAAUAAGGGGAGCAGAUGUGAUUGCUGUACUUAAAAAUGGAAGCAUUGUAGAGAAAGGGAAUCACAAUGACCUUAUCGGUAUCAAAGAUGGUCUCUACUCCUCCCUUGUCAACCUUCACACCACUUGUUAA